UCGUAUCACACAACACACACAGAGACACAUAACACACCCUUCACUUCACUUCACUCCCAACCCAUUAACCCUUCUCAUCAAGAAAGCGUGAUUCACUCCUUUAUUUCUUUACUCGCCUAUUCUCUCCUAUUUCUCUCACAUACACACAAUCAAAGAAUAAAAAUAACCCAAAACCCCUCUGUUUUGUGAAAAACCAAACAAAGCAUAGCAAUUAACAAACACGCACAGAUAGAGUGAGAGUAAAGAGAGAAAAAAAAAAGAUGGAGCUAAGUAAAGUGACCUUAGAGAUCUUCUCAAAGCUGGAGCAGAAAUGGCUCUCUCAUUGCACCAAAGAAGCGAACAGCAAGAAAACCCGCAUUCUCAGCAUCGACGGCGGAGGAACCACCGCCAUUGUCGCCGGUGCGGCCCUACUCCGCCUCGAGGACCAGAUCCGUCACGACACCUCCGAUCCCCACGCUCACAUCGUAGAUUUCUUCGACGUGGUUGCCGGCACCGGCAUAGGCGCUGUCCUCGCCGCCAUGAUCACCGCCGCUGACUCCUUCGGCCGUCCGCUCUAUACCGCUCGCGACGCUGUGAAUCUCGUCGCCGAUCGAAACACCGACCUGUACAAGCUCAAAUCCGCCGGAAUAUUCCGUCGGCGGCGGAGAUUCUCUUCCCGGAGCAUGGAAACAGUGUUGAAGGAAGUGUUCACGAGAAAAGACGACGGAAAAUCGCUGACAUUGAAGGACACGUGCAAGCCUCUGCUUGUUCCAUGCUUCGACCUCAAGAGCUCAGCGCCGUUCGUGUUCUCACGCGCUGACGCGUGCGAGUCUCCGAGUUUCGACUUCGAGCUCUGGAAGGUUUGCCGUGCCACGUCGGCCACUCCUAGCUGCUUCAAGCCGUUUCCGUUGGAAUCCGUUGACGGAAAAAAAUCCUGCUCAGCCGUCGACGGCGGACUCGUCAUGAACAACCCUACCGCCGCAGCAGUCACGCACGUGCUUCACAACAAGCGCGAUUUCCCCGCGGUUAACGGCGUCGAGGACCUCCUCGUCCUCUCCAUCGGAAAUGGAUCAUCCAGCGCCAAAGCGCGCGAGAAUCACGAACCUUCUGUGAUCGACAUUGUCCUCGACGGUGUUUCCGAGACGAUUGACCAGAUGUUAGGAAACGCAUUCUGCUGGAAUCGCAAUGAUUACGUCAGAAUCCAGGCAUUUGGUUUGGGGAGUGAAGGAACGGUAACGGAGGAAGUGGAAGAGAAGAGUGAGGUGCUGAAAGAGAGGGCUUUGGAGUCGUUACCGUUUGGCGGGAAGCGGUUACUGACAGAGACUAACGGAAAUAGAAUCGAUAGCUUCGUGCAACGGCUUGUUGCCUCCGGAAAACCCAGCCCGCUGUCAAGUCCCCGCAAAAAUUCCGCCGUCAACCCUCUGGUUAACGGCCGCUAGAUUCUUUUUUUCCCCUUUUUUUUUCUCGAAUUUUCUUUUGGCUUUUUCAUUUUAAUUUUCCUUUUUAUUACCUUGUUAGAUGCUGUAAGUUGUAAUUGCAAGGUGUAACCAAGAUGACAAGGUCAACUUGUCAUGGAGGGAAAAAAAAAAAGAAAACAUGACCAAAAAAAAUUGCCUCAAGUUUUUUUACCUAGCUUAGCUGUGCCAGUUGUA